UAGGGGGUGAGAGGAAGAUGUCAUAUACCGCUCAUUUGGAGGGUUAGUUUUACAUAAAACUAUGAUAAAUCCUAGCUAAACCCAUGAGCAUCUUGAAGUUCACCUCUAUGUCCCUGUCACCUAUCUGCUGCAGACUUUUGUGUGGCACUGGCUCACCUAUUCUCCCCACCCUCAUGUCCACCCCCCUAUCAGGCCCCUUUUUAGCUCCUGUUCUAGGAAGCAAGGCUCCUAGAAGUGGGGCUCUGGGCACUUUCCUGCAGCUAAGUUCAAUUUCUUCUCUGUUUCAGGACAUUGACCUGAAUCACUACCGCAUUGGAAAAAUUGAAGGAUUUGAGGUUCUGAAGAAAGUGAAGACUCUCUGCCUCCGUCAAAAUCUAAUUAAGUGCAUUGAGAACCUGGAGGAGCUGCACAGCCUCCGAGAACUGGACCUGUAUGACAACCAGAUCAAGAAGAUAGAGAAUCUGGACACACUAACAGAGCUGGAGAUUCUAGAUAUUUCUUUUAAUCUACUGAGAAACAUUGAAGGGGUUGACAAGUUGACAAAACUGAAAAAGCUCUUCUUGGUCAACAAUAAAAUCAAUAAAAUUGAGAACUUGAGCAACUUACGUCAACUGGAGAUGUUGGAGCUGGGAUCCAACCGCAUCCGGGCCAUUGAAAAUAUCGACACGUUAACCAAUUUGGACAGUUUGUUUUUGGGGAAAAACAAGAUCACUAAACUUCAAAACCUGGAUGCACUCUCCAACCUGACAGUCCUCAGUAUACAGAGCAACAGGCUGACCAAGAUGGAGGGUCUGCAGAGCCUGGUAAACCUGAGGGAGCUGUACCUCAGCCACAACGGCAUCGAAGUGAUAGAAGGCCUGGAGAACAACAACAAACUCACGAUGCUGGACAUUGCGGCAAACAGAAUUAAAAAGAUUGAAAAUAUCAGCCAUCUAACAGAGCUGCUGGAAUUCUGGGUAAGUUGAGCACCCUCUGGGGUGGGUGAGUGAAGUGGUCAGUGAGUGUGGGGCCUGCAGCCCUGGGCCUAGCAUUUAGGAUGAUGGGGCUCACGGGUGAUGGGGUGCAAGCUGAGAUGGGCGUGCACAGAGGUUGGAGGCUGGUGGCAUCAUUGUAUGGGCCUGUGGCAUCAGCAUCACCAGGAACUUGUUAAAAAUGCGGCUCUCUGGCCCCACUAUACCCGACCAGCGGACUGGGUGAUUGCGGUGCACAUGGAAGGGGGACCUGAGGAUUGCCAUGUGACCAGAGGGCCUGUAGCACAGAGGAAAUGGGUGUGUGUCCUCUCUGGUCACCCUGGAAUCUGCCUCGAGCUGUCUCGUGGCUGCAGGUGUGGCUUAGGGAAUCUGUCGCAGUCAGUUGGAAGAGUAAACGGAUGUCAGGUAUCUGGACACCCCUCUAAACAGGUUGCAAAUGAUGGUGAAGUUGUCCUCAGUGUCAGGAUCCUAUGCGUUUUCCAGGCACGUGUACUGCUGGUCCCCAAGCUCAUGCCCUAUGGGGUUGCUGCCCAUAUACUCUCUGUGAUUCUGUGAAGUGAGUGUUGUCCUCGAUGCAGUCACUCUAAUCCAAGAUACGUGUCGAGUCUAAAGCAUGAUUCUUCCUCCUCUGACUAUGCUGUGGGCCCUGCUGAUGUCCUGGUGCUUUCCUUUUCUCUCCUUAAAGGAUAUCCAAAUGUCCCUAGACCACAGGUGGCCCACGGUGAAAAUGUCCCUCACCCCUUAUUAAAGCAUUGGGCCUGGGGUAGCACCAGAGUGUGUCAGGGAGGCCCAACCAGACCAUGGUGGUAGGUGUGCUGGGCUGAGCGCACAGGGAACGUGAGCCCCAGGGUCCCUGUGCUGCACCCUGAGGGAAGGUGUGGCUGCUGGAGGGCUGGGUGCAUUGCACUGAGGGGAUUUGGCUCUGGAGGGACCAGGGAACCACACAAAGAAACCAGACAACCAGAGACAAGACCUGCACCACGAGAGGGGUGGGUGCUGGCAGGUUUGGGGCAUAGCUGACUAGAGUUUCUGAAGAUGGGGUUCCUCUGCAUGCCUUGCCAAGGGACAGCACAUGGGACCUGGGCUGCUGAGACAGGUA